AUGGCUGGCGGACCUGCCGCAUCUUCGGUUGAGGCUUUGAGGAAGCGAGCAUUGGCAGAGGCUCCCAGCCUGUCUCCCAAGCUGGAAACUGUGAAGGAGCUCCAUGGAUCAGGCGUCCUGUCGCCGCCGGAUGUUUGCGUGUGUUACAUUCUCCUCACACUCAGCUUGCGUUACGGAGAUCGUCUGCUCGCUGGCUGGCGACGCCCACAGAAAGAGUCGCCGCAAGACGUCCCACAGGAGCCUCCCCACUUCUCAGCGAGACUUUGCGAUAAACGACUGGACGGACUUCUCGGGCAAGAUGUCCUGAGCGAGCGAUGUUUGGACAAAUUGGGAUUGACCAGAGACACCGCGACAUUGAAAGACUUUGCCUGCAAGGCCCGCUUGCACAGAAUCCCAGACUACGUAUCAAUCUGCCUGGAAGAGUUCUACGCGGGUCGCAGGCCUUUGUGUCUGAUUUACAGAAUUCCUGAGCCACAGGAGUUGCUUGCGAUGCAGGCAGAUGGUGCUCGCUGUGUCAGUGCACUCACAUCUAGCAGGCUGCUGUCGCAGGUUUACGGCCAUCGAGACUGUUUAGACAUGCUGCUGCACGAUUUCGCUCACAUGGAGAAGCUUGUGGAAGCUGGCCGUUUUUGGCAGCAAGUGGGCUUCUUUGAGUUUUUGCACGGCACCGUAAGGGAAAGGCACAUGCACCACUGGCAGUCAUAUGGAAGGCGAUGGGAGCUGUCUUGGUUUUAUGUAUCAUCCGACAUGAAUGCGGUGGCCAACCACAUGUUUCUGACCCUUAAAGCGCAGCUAAUGGUGGCAAUGGCUCGCAGCAUGCUGAUGCAAGCUGGCCGACUGGAUCAGGCUAUCGAUGAUGCAGAGCAGGCAGAACUUGAGGCUGCCAAAUCUGAUGUGUACCCGAGGGCAAGUAUGUCCCGAUGGAAGCCGCUGCUGGAAGAUGCCGGGCUCCUGUCCCAGUUUGAGGAGCAUUUUGCCGAGGAAUGGCGUCAUGUGCUUUCCGUGCAUGCAGCACGAGCUGAAGAGAAGUUUCCGGGCAUCUUCGAAUCCAACGAAGGAGACCCGACGUCCGCUCAGUUCAGCUCAUGGCCAAGACCAAGCCUGGACGAUUUCAUGCGGGCAGCAACGGAACCAUCGUUGAACCCUGCUCGUUCAAACGCAGCCAUCAUCGCGCACUUUGACGAGCUGGGUCGGCGCAAACUACUAUCUAUGCGCACGCAAAAGCUGUACCAGAAAUGCGGUGACAUAAGCCUGACAUGUCAACUGGCCAUGAUCGUACAUGCGCAGCUCGUCACAACACGUCACGCGCAGGCCGGUGACAGUGCCGGAAAGUUGCGAUUCGGCGAUCCACGAGGCGUGAGACAACCGGAUGUUUGGCUUUUGGAUUUGCAGACCCACUUGCGCAAGGGCACAGUCCGCCGUUCGGCCGAUCCUUCUUCCACUCUCCCAGGCCAGCACAGCGUCGAGAUUUUGGCUGGUAUAUUGGUCGUACUGAACUCGUGA